AUGAUUCCGUCGCCGCUCUCCUUCGGACAGUCUUGUCAGUCGCCGCCGUGGCAGCCCGCGCAGCCUUCCUUCUGGGAGUCCGACAAUGUCCGGCAGCAUCUUGCGAAGUUGCGAGAAACAAUUACCAUCUCGAAACCACUGCUCAAUGAACUACAGGAAAUUCUCCUUCUAAGAAAAUUGAAUGAGUCCAAUGCUCAAGAAGAUUCUACCCCAGAAACUGUUCUUCAAGAGAUUGUUAACAGAAAGAGGAUUAAUCUAGAUGCCCAGGAGUCUCUUUCGAUCGAAGCGGCUAAUUCUCUAUGUUCGCAUCUUAAGCUUCUACUUGGCCCUCUUAGUUCUAUAACAAAUCAAGCAAGUCCGUGGGAAGAAAGGUCGGCGGCGGUGAGAUUAGCUCAGAAGCGGCAAAAGUCUGUGAGAAAUACGCGUUGGAGGAAGAGAAAGAGGAAACAGUUUGCUGAGCUUCUGCGCAAGGAGCGUGAAAAUUAUGAUAAAGCUGAUCAGGAAGCUGAUGAAUGGAGGGCUAGAGAGAUUGCCAAGGACAUUGCAAGGCGAAAGAUGGAGAGCAUGAAGGAAAUUGCAAAGCAGAAAGCUAAUGAGGAGAGAAAACGACUAGAAUCUGAGCUUGAGCUUGUCUUGGUUGUUGAGAAACUGCAAGAGCUUCGCUCCAUCAGGAUUCAAAAGUUGAAGAAACAAGGCCAUUUUCUCCCUGAGGAGGAUGAUAAAUUUCUUGACCGUGUGCGAGCUGCUGUUGAGGAAGAGGAGCGACAAGCUGCAAAUGCUGCUGACAAAGCUGCUGCUAAGGAUGCUAUCACAACUGCUGAGGAAUCCAGAAAAGCUAUUGAUGAUAUGGAAAAACAGCGCAAUAAAAUUGGGAUCACAGUGGACCAAAACCAAACAAAUGAGAUGAAAAAUGAGAAAAGUUCCGGGCUAAGUGGGAGCAUGGAAAGUGGAGAUCUAAAAGAUGAAGGAAAAGUGAAUGGGGAUUAUCAGUCUGUUGCCAAUCUGCCAUUUGAGUUCUACCACUAUUAUCAUGGAAGUAGCAAUGAUAUGGGAACGCUGAUCGAGGUCCGAAGAAUGUGGGACGCGUUCAUAAGACCAGGAGGAAGUCGAAUACCUGGGCACUGGGUCCAGCCAGCACCUCCUGCAGAUGAAGUGUGGGCUUCAUAUCUUGUGCGGCCAAAGUAAUAGAAAGUAAACAAUAUCUAACAACAGGUUCUUCUAAACUUCGCUCCGCACCCUUGUGUGAGUAAUGGAAGUGAUAGUGGCCACGACAAUGCUGAAUGAUGGGCUCAUUUGACUGGAUUAUAAGCAAUGUGUUGUGCUUGCAAUGUAUCCUUCCAAAAUAUUUUGUGUAAACUACAUGCAGAAGAGUUGUUAUGAUUGUUCUGCAAAUGAUUUUAAGUUGUGGUGUUGGUGAUUCAAGUUCCCACGAAGCGGUUUUCUUGUCAAAGACCCACAACAAGUAAUGUUAUACUGAAGCCUAUCGAAUCUCAACAAAAAACUUUAAUUUCUACACAAUAGUUUUUCCAUGUAGAAUUAAUUAAGUACUGCUGUGGCGGAGCUCAACGCCAUCAAUUGUCUUGACCUUUUGGUUGUAAAUUUCGAAAUCGCAAAGGCAAACCUAAUAGCUGUUAGCUUGUUACUAGAUGUAACGAAGAAAAAUAGUAUAAUAAUUGCUUUCCUGUAUUCUUAAUGUGCUUAUGGUA